AUGUCGGUUGAAAAGUUGCGAAGGAAGCGUAGAAGGAAGUUGAAAAAGGAAUUCGAACGAGGAAAGAAGAGUUUGCGAACGAAGUUUGACAUGGACGAAGCAUAUUUCUUAGGAGAGUUGAUCGAGCAAAAUGGAUUAGCAGGCUCGACGACCGCAGCUACGUACCUGGGAAAAUAUUGGCGAAAAGUUGUUCUCUCUGUUUAUCACUACAACAAAGAACGUUCAGACUGGAACGACACUCUCACGCACGGCGAUUACUACAAUAUGAAGUUGGAAAGAAA